AUGACCCGCACAGCGGAUCACAGGGAAAAUCGCGAUAUUAAAUAUGAAAAAGAGAUUGCUUUAAAUCGCGAUAAGUUGCGUUCAAUUGUUGACUCAAUCAUUUUCUUAGGCCGACUCAAUAUAGCUUUCAGAGCUCAUUGUGAUGAUUCUCAAUAUCAUCCUACUAUUGGCAAAUAUUAUGUAGUGGGUGGAGUAGGUAAUUUUAUUGAACUUUUAAACUACAGAAUCAGAGGUGGGGAUAAAGUUCUUGAACAUUAUUUUAAUAGUUGUGCAAAGAAUGCAUCUUAUAUUUCUAAUUCGUCACAGAAUGAAUUAAUAAGUUAUUGUGGACAGUACAUCCAGAAUAUUUUGGUUUCUAAAAUAAAAGAAAAUCAAUUUUUUUCAAUUAUUGCUGAUGAAGCAUCUGACUGCUCCAAUCAGAAACUAUUGUCUUUAGUAAUUAGAUUUAUAGACAAAUCAUAUGAUGUUAGGGAAGAAUUUAUGGGUUUUUUACAUUGUCAGUUAGGUUUAACAGGUGAAGCUCUAUGCAAAACUAUUUUAUUUUUUCUUAAAAACUUUUUGCUUGAUAUUUCUAAUUGCAGAGAAUCACGACAAAAUUUAUUAGAAGUAGCUAUUACAGAACGUUGCCCUCUUGCUACAAAGAAAAAAUUAAUUGAUGUUCGUCAUACAGUAUGGGUUAAACGCGUAACUGGGUUGGAUGAUUUUGAAAAUUUGUUUGUACCAAUUGUUUUUUGUCUUGAAGGAAUGAGCUUUAACCUAGAAUCAAAAUUGAUAACUCGGACAGUAUUUGACUACACAAUUCCUGUUACACAAAUGUUACUAGGUAAAACAUUUGAUAUUUGCGAUGGUUUAGGUUCUAUUUCAGCUUUAAAAAGUUAUAUCUCAACACUUCGAAGUUUAAUAGAUGAUUAUCACAUAAAGUGGUAUGCUUCUAUUAUUUGUCUUGCUUCUAAAGUUGAUGUUGCAGAAGCUAAACUAAGAAUAUUAAGCCGUCAAAUAAAUAGAAAUAACGUUGCUUCUUCUUCAACUUCAGAUUAUUUCAAAAAAUCAUUAUCUAUUCCACUUAUUGAUCACCUUCUAGGUGAAGUGAAUUACAGAUUUAGUGAUGAUGCUUUGGCAGCUUACGAUGGCUUGUAUAUAAUGCAGUAUAAUUAUUUGGAUGAUAGAAAACAAAUAUAUGCAGUAAAUAUAGCAGAUAAAAUCUACCUCUGUAUUACAUUUAGUUGGAGCACAUAA